CAUUUUGAUUGUCUGAGAUCUCUGCUGUCCGGUGUCCAGAUUGAUGUCAACAAAGUAAAUAAUGUGUCGGAAACUCCCCUUAUGUACGGGGCACAACACGGUAAUCUCGAAUGUGUCCAAGUUCUUGUGUCAGCCGGUGCACACGUUGAGGUCACAGAUGCGAAUGGAUCUACAGCUUUGAUGUACGCUUCAAUUCGUGGACAUUCGGAAUGUGUUCAAUAUUUAGUGGAGAUCGGUGCAGAAGCAAAUGUUAAAAACAAGUAUGGGCACACUCCCUUGAUAUUGGAUUGCAGCCAGGGUAAUCUCGACUGUGUUCUCCCUCUCAUAAGACAUGGGGCUGACGUCAACGCAGUUGACAGUAGACGUGAGACGCCUCUGAUGAAGGCUGCCAAAAAUGGACACGCCCAGGUCGCAAAUACUCUACUGGAUGUGGGAGCUGACAUCAAUGCCAGAGACAACAUUGGUAACACAGCGAUUUGUCUAGCCGCCUCAUGCGGUAGUAUAGGGUGCGUGGAAAAGCUGGUGCAACUUAAUGCUGAUGUCAAUGCUAGAAACAAUGAAGGUAACACACCACUCAUGAUAGCUGCACUAAAUAAACAUGUAGAUUGUAUAGACGUCUUAAUGAGUCAUGGGGCUUUCGUAAAUGCAACAUCUUUAAUGGGUCUAACGGCGCUACAUAUAACAUCAAUCAAAGGAAUUGUCAUUAGCACAGAGGUUAUUCUGAGGAGCAACCCUUGCAUUGAUGCUAAAGAUGAUAAAGGAAACACUCCAUUGAUAUAUGCUUCGUCCAAGGGACAUCAUCACUGUCUCAAUGCAAUAAUCUCAUCCGGUGCAGACGUCAACAUACAGAACGCUAAUCAAGACUCGGCCCUGAGCUUGGCUGUGUUGAAUGGUAGCACGGAAUGUGUUGAGCUUCUCAUUGAUGCCAAGGCUGAUGUUAACAUACAGAAUGCUAAUCAAGACUCAGCCCUGAGCUUGGCU